AUGCACCAGCUGCGGAAGGCCCCAGUCCAGGGCGUACAGUGCCACCCGGCAGGCUGCCAUCACCACGCCCCUGGACACUGCACACGUUUCAAACCUGAGAAAACUCCUGGAGAAUGUGCUCCAUCAAAACAACGGAGGAAAAAACAAAAACAAUGGAGCAAACCAAAAAAGAAGAAGAUGCAGGAUCCUAGAAAUAGAGAACGCAAAUCACAGAAGGGCAAAGGGCAUUCUCAGGACCAGAGCAGAGGGAGAUCCCGGGAUAACACGGCACGUGGCUGCAGGCCUGGGAAUGAGCUGCCCAGACAGAACAGAGGUGUGCAGGAGCAGUUUCUGAGAAACCUGCUGAAACUGAUGCAUUACCUGAUGAGAGUAAUCUGGAGGAAAACUAUUUUGAGAGGCUAUUAG